AAGUCACCAGCUUCAAACCCACAAAUAAAAACACAUCCUCGUGGUUUCAGUCUACUGCUCAUUGCCCCUCUUCUUGUUCUUUGUUUCCUUUCUUUUCUUUCAUUUCAUACACAAGGGAGAGAGAGAAAGAGAGAGAGAGAGAGAGAGAGAGAGAGAGAGAUGGCUAGAGCUGAGUCUUUAGUCCUCUCUUUAUUAUUCAACAUUGUCUCUGGCCUAUAAUGAACCAAGAUCUGAACCUUAUCUUCUUCUUUGAAGAGGAUGGCAAAACGAUAUUGUGUUCCAGAGUCAUUUGCACCAACAGAAUAUCAACCAACUCCUACAUUUCUUAAUGACGCUCUUUACUGCUCUGAGGAGAAUUGGGAGGAUGAAGAAGUUAGAGAGGACUAUUUUCAAGAACAACAACUUGCAGAGAGCUUUUGCUUUAAUACAACUUCUAGAAAUAAAAAACCGGAUUUUUCUCCAGUUUUAGUACUAGAGCAAGACUUGUGCUGGGAAGAUGAGGAACUUUCCUGUUUGUUUACAAAAGAAGAGCAAAAUCAAUUGUACAAAAAACUAGAAACCAACUCAUCUCUAACUGAGUCUCGCCGAGAAGCUGUAGAGUGGAUGCUCAAGGUCAACGCCCACUACUCUUUCACUCCAUUAACUGCUGUUUUGGCCGUUAACUAUCUUGAUAGAUUCCUAUUUAGCUUUCACAUUCAAACAGAGAAGCCAUGGAUGACCCAACUUGCUGCUGUGGCUUGUCUUUCACUCGCCGCCAAGGUCGAGGAGACCCAGGUGCCUCUUUUAUUGGACCUUCAGGUGGAGGAUAGCAAGUAUGUGUUCGAGGCUAAAACUAUUCAAAGAAUGGAGAUUCUUGUGCUUUCCACUCUCCAAUGGAGAAUGAAUCCAGUAACCCCAUUGUCAUUUUUUGAUUAUGUUACAAGAAGGCUGGGCUUAAAGAACUAUAUCUGCUGGGAAUUCCUUAGGAGAUGUGAGCUCAUAGUUCUGUCCAUCAUCUCAGAUACUAGGUGUAUGCGCUAUCUUCCUUCUGUAAUUGCUGCUGCUGCAAUGCUGCAUGUAAUUAACAGUAUUAAACCUUGCCUCGGUGCUAAAUUCGAAAGCCAGCUAUUGGGUAUUCUUGCAAUCGAUAAGGACAAGGUGAAUGAUUGCACUAUCCUUGUACUAGAAUCGCUAUCCACUGAACAUGACAGACAAUCAAACAAACGCAAGUUUGCUUCUGAUCCAGGAAGUCCAAGCGGCGUAAUGGAUGUGUCGUUUAGCUCAGAUAGCUCAAACGAUGCAUGGGCAGUAGCACCAUCAUCAGUGUCUUCUUCACCAGAGCCUCUGUUCAAGAAGAGCAGAGCACUGCAGAGCUUAAACCGAGCAACUGCUGAUUUUCUAAGCACAACUCUCUAAAUCCCAAUCACUUUCCUUUUUCUUUCCCUUUCCUUUCAAGAUCUAGCUUUGUACGGCUAAUAAUUUUUAUGUUCUUUUCUUAGUCAUGUGCAAGUUAAAUUGCCUACCAUCUCUGCUUAACUCCAGUUCCCAAUACUUUCAAUUCCUAGAAUUUGAGUAAAAUGGGAGUUGGAGGCAGAGAUGGUUGGCAUUUUAUCAUGAAGUAAACUUAAAGACCAUAAACAAAAAAAGCAAUGGAGAGUCCUUGCAGUAAACCCUACUCGUCUUUAGGCCCUUUCUCAAAAAAUAUGUUUUGUAUCAUAUAUGUUAUAUACGUUCAGAAAAAGAAAAAAGAAAUCUGAUAGCAUGACCUUAUUUAUUCGUUAAAAA